CCACCAUCUAUUAUGGUCAUAACUGACGCGUAUUACGUUUUGAGCUAAUCCAUCGCAUCGCUUCAAUCACAAUUACAAAUAGCCUUUCAUUUUUUUUCAGAUCUCUCUGUUAUUUAAUUAUCCAUCUAAUUAAAUAUACUUGUUACCGCUAAAUCUCUAUUUUUGUUAAGAACAAUUUCCAUUAUUCCUUUGCAUUGUAAAACCGUUACCUUGUAGAUUGUUUUUAUGACUGAUAACUGAUUCGCCGAAACCGGCGGUGCAGCCGCGAACCCUUGCCUGCAAAUUUUCAUUCAGGUUAUUUAACAAACAGCUUUUGGUCAUUGGAUUUUGAUAGAAACAAAAAGAAUUUUUUGUUCUUUUUUAUGAUCCUUUUUUCUCUUUCUCGCAAAAUAGAGCUCGCGCGCUCUGUUCUCUCCCUUGCCUCUCCCCAUUCUUCUUAAGCUCCCAUGGCGUUUCUCCUUAGGCUUCUCACUAGCUGAUUCCGCGUUUCCUUCUCACGCCGUUCAGCUGAAAGCUUUGCAGCUGAUUAGCCGAAGCUUCAAAUUGAUGUGGAAGAGGAACUGAUGAGACUUGCAUGUCUGGAAUCAGAAACCCUGAAUUCGAUUCUGGGAUAUUUUUCGCUGUUGCGGUAAAUAUUUAGCAAAUGGAUGACCAUGGUGGCAGCAAGGCGACAGGAAUUCGACAGAUUGCUAAGCUGAAGGAAAUUAUCCAAAAGUGGCAAUCUGUAACAAUUGGCUCAAAGCCAACUGGCCCUGAGGGUAGCAAUACACAUGGGGGCAUUUCAGCAGAAAUUAAUAGGAGGCUAACGAGCGUUAAGAGUUGUGAUUCGGAUGAGGAAGGCUGCCAAAGCCCUGGACCGCCACCUGAUGUCCCCAGAGGGUAUUUGGCGGUUUAUGUUGGGCCAGAGCAACGGAGGUUUAUCAUCCCCACUAGCUACCUUAGCCAUUCUCUGUUCAAGGUUUUGCUAGCAAAGGUUGAAGAGGAGUUUGGGUUUGAUCAUAGCGGCGGGCUCACAAUCCCAUGCGAGAUUGAGACCUUUAAGUUUCUCCUGAAAUGCAUGGAGCACCAUCCAAAGGAUCACCAGGACAACAACUCAACUGAAGAAUUCAUUAAAAAUUGAAGAAUAAUUGUGCUGGUUUCUGUAGUGAUCGACAUUUUAGGGCUCAUUACAGAUGUUAAGCAUGGUCUCCUUGUAUGCAGAUAUAUUUUUCUUUUCCUUUUUAUUUUUCAUUGACCAACAAUAGGAAACUUUAGUUAGGUUUGCACAUAAGUGCAUUGGAUCUGUGGCUAGGAGGUUAAAUUUUAACCUCUAUUCUUUUUUUUUUAUUAUUAUUAUUUUGUUGGGAUGUGGCCUACAUCUGAUGUUUUUUAUUGAGUAUAAAACAGAUGUACUGUUCAGCAAAACUGUUCAAAAAACUUACAUCAACUGAUGUCUUGUUAUGUUUUCAAAAGUUGUGAGCUUUCAGUGGAA